GUUUCCAAGUUAUUUUUUCCUCGUUUCAUUACUAUUUGCUUAAACCCUUUCUUUUUUCUGUGUUCGUGAGGACUGAGUAAUCGUCACAGUUAUCAUCCAACAUUCUCGCAAUGGAAAACAAUGAUAAAGGUGUGUUGUGUGAAGAUAUGUUGGCUGAAAUUCUGUCAAGGCUUCCAAUAAAAUCUCUAAUGCGAUUCAAGUGCCUGAGCAAGUACUUUCAAUCUUUCAUAUUGGAUCCACGAUUGGCGAGAAUGCAUCUUCAAAAGUCGCCCAAAACCCCCAAUUUCUUGUUAAGUUACCGAUUCGAAGGUAAAAAAAUUUCCUAUCUCGUUUCCUCACCGAUCAGUUCUUUGAUUGAAGAUUCACAACAUAAACGAUCAUGCAUUGUUGAUAUUAUCAAGGGAUCUAAGCCUCAUAGGAAAAAGGAUCGGGUUCUUGGUUCAUGCAAUGGCUUGGUCUGUUUGGCUAAAUGGAACAAAAAUGGAAUCAAGUUUAACUUAUGGAACCCCGCAACAAAAGAAGAAUUUGGAAACCUAACACUUGCUGAGAAAGACAACCUUUACAUGUUAGGGUUCGGCUACGAUAAUUCAAGAGAUAGCUACAAAGUGGUAGCAAUAGUUGGCAAUCUGAAUACCGUAGAUAAGUUUCCUUAUAAAACCUUAAUUGGCGGCCCGAAUGACGGAAGUUGUUGGAGAGAAAUUCAAGAUUUUCCUUCUAUUCCUAGUUCAGUGGAAGGUGAUGCAGUAUACGUAAACAACAGUCUUAACUGGUUAGGGAUACCAACUUAUGAUGACUCUGAUGACUCUGCUGAUGAUCUGGACUCUGUUAUUACAUUAGAUGGAGUGGUGAUUGUUUCGCUUGAUCUUGAGACAGAGACAUACACACAGAUGUUGCUUCCUCGAGAACUUAAGGGUCUGUUUAUAGGAUAUUUCAGCUGCUGUACUGUUCAUAUACUCCAUUGCAAUGAAGCUCCAUUGAUUGGGGUUUUGGGUGGAUGUUUAAGUGUUUUUGUUCAUGACCGCGAGACACAACAUUUCAGCAUAUGGCAGAUGAAGGAGUUUGGGAAUCAAAGAUCUUGGACUCUUUUGAUGAACACAUCUCUAAAAGAUCUUGAAUUUUGCACCGACGACCCACUAAGCAUCUUGCUACCUCUGUGCAUGGUUGAGAAUGAUCGUGACAUCGUCAUCAUUCACAGUUCAUUUCAAUACUGUGUGAAGCAAACAAUAGUUUAUAAUCUGAGCGACAAGACAGUGACUUUCAGAAAUAUGACUCCCAACUUACUUUGGAUCUAUCCUUUUCAGUAUGUUGAAAGCUUGGUUUCCCCCUAUUGCAUAAAUUAG